CCCGUGCAAUCAGAGAGAGGAGUGUGGAGACUGGAGUGGAGUCUGAGAGUCUCUGGAGAUACGGGCACAAUAUGAUAUUUUAAUGACGCUUCCUUCUCGAUUCACUCAAUAUAAUGCACCCACUUGUGUGAUAGUUUACACAGCGCUCAAAUAAAGGUUCAUAUUUUGAGCACUGUCCCCGAGGGUUAGUUUACUAGGACUCUGAGGAUUGUCUUGUCUCUCUAGGCUGUAGGAAUCAAAAACCCACUCGAAAUACUGCACCAGAGAGGAAGAAAGAUGGAGAAGCUCUGUAGUCUCAUAAUUUUCCCCUUUGUUCUGUUCUGUGUUCUCGGACCCAUUUCAGGGGAAAUACGAACUGGGUAUCAUAAUCUGAAUGUUGCAGCUCGGCUGAGAGCCCUGAGCUCUAAGCCUGCGGAGCUGCAAGACGAGAAUCGUGGCAGAAAUCCCUGGACUCUGCAAGUUUUACACAGAGAGCAUCUCAUUCCGGGAAACUCGACCUUCGAGGAGCGCUUCAGGGCAAGACUGGAAAGGGAAUCCGGGCGGGUGGAGGCCCUGAACCGGCGGGUCGAGAACAAACUGAGCCAAGAUCUAGUGGGGGGCAUGAAAAAGGUCGAUGAUUUUGGCAGCGAGGUGAUGUCCGGCAUGAUAGAAGGCAGCGGGGAGUACUUUACCCGCAUAGGCGUGGGGACUCCGGCCAGGGAGCAAUACAUGGUGUUGGACACGGGCAGCGAUGUAGUCUGGGUGCAGUGCCAACCGUGCAACGAUUGCUACGACCAGGCCGACCCGGUCUUCGACCCGUCCUACUCGGCCUCCUUCACCUCCGUCUCCUGCACUUCCGCAGUCUGCAGCGAGCUCGAGAUCUCCGACUGUAACAGCCGCGGGUGCGCAUAUCAGGUAGCGUAUGGAGACGGCUCGUAUUCCGUCGGGAGCUUCGCGACCGAGACGCUAACAUUCGGUCGAACGACGGUGCAGAACGUCGGUAUCGGGUGCGGGCAUGACAACCAGGGACUGUUCGUUGGGGCCGGCGGGUUGCUCGGUUUGGGGGCCGGUCGGCUGUCUUUUCCGACCCAACUGGGGAGUUAUGGGAAGGUUUUUUCAUACUGUCUUGUCGACCGGGACUCAGAGUCCACUGGGUAUCUGGAUUUUGGACCAGAGGCCCAGGCCCGAGCCGGGUCCGGGUCAGUUUUUACUCCAUUUUUCCGAAAUCCACGCCUGAGUACUUUUUAUUAUGUUCCUCUGACGCACAUUAGUGUCGGCGGGUUAAUGGUGUCGCUUCCACAGAAGGUUUUUCAGUUCGACGAGACUGGUCGGGGAGGUGUGAUUGUGGAUUCGGGCACGGCCGUCACGCGGCUGCAGAGCGACGCUUAUAUUGCCAUGCGUGAUGCUUUUGUUGUGGGUAUGAGUCAUCUACCUCGGGCCGAAGGAAUGUCUAUUUUCGACACUUGUUAUGAUCUGUCCGGGCAGGAAACUGUUAGUGUUCCUGCAAUUGGUUUUCAUUUCAUCAAUGGCGCUUCUUUGAGUCUCCCGGCCCGGAACUGUUUGAUUCCUGUGGAUUCCAUGGGGACUUUUUGCCUGGCUUUUGCACCCACCUCGGGUAGCUUGUCGAUCAUCGGGAAUAUUCAGCAGCAAGGCGUUCGGGUCUCUUUCGAUUCUGUCAACUCUCUUGUUGGCUUCGCUCUCAAUCAGUGCUAAAAGAAUGAAUGGCGUGUGGGAAAGGAGGUGAAAAGGACCGGAUUAGGGAUAUACUUUAUUACGGCUCACGUAACAUGUAUUUUAUUUUAGAAUAUGUGUCGUUAAAAGAGUUUCAGUCCGUCAUAGUAGGUAUGAAGGAAGAAGGGAGAAAAUGAUUGUGGUUUACAGUGCAGAGGGAAUAUUCAGAAAACUUGGUCAUGUCUGGUGUAGAGUGUGAGUGAAUCAUUGCGAUUCCUUUCAGUUUUAACAAUAUCUUGCUUUUACAUUUACCUUUGUAAUCUCUGUUGUACAAUGAGGUGGCCCAUUGGGUUCAGGCCUUGAGGACUUAAUUUGACUGUCACUUAUUAAUUUAAA